AUGGUCCAGGAAGCAGACGGCCUGGCCAACGGCGUGGACUUCGCAGUCACCGUCAAAACCUGUCCUGUUUCCCAGACCCGCGUUCCCGCAACCGAACUAUAUAAAUCCAUCGACCGACCGGGCGUCGCACGUGCGAACCUAGCAGUCUCAACUGAAGUUCCUCACGGCUCCAAAGAGCAUGGCGCCAAGUACAAAGACUACACUGUCCUUCAGCAGCAUGUUCUAUUUUGGGAUAGAGACGGAGACGGCUUGAUCUACCCGUGGGACACGUACGUCGGGUUCCGGGAGCUGGGCUUCAACAUCUUCUUCUGUAUCCUUGCAGUCCUUAUUAUCAACAUCAACUUCUCCUACCCCACGCGGCUCGCUCAUUCGUACCUUCCGGAUCCCUUCUUCCGGGUAUAUGUCGACAGUAUACACAAAGCAAAGCACGGCUCCGACAGCGGCGUCUACGACUCCGAAGGACGCUUCAUCCCACAACUGUUCGAAAACUUAUUCUCCAAAUGGGACAAGGACGGUGACGGCGCCUUGCGAUUAAGCGAACUAGCGAGCAUGAUAAAAGGCCACAGAUGCGCAGCAGAUCCAUAUGGAUGGGGAGCCAACUUCUUCGAAUGGGGUACUACCUGGCUUCUCUUGCAAAAGGAUGGGAAGAUCUACAAGGAGGAUUUGCGCCAGUUGUAUGACGGAUCGCUGUUCUGGCGCAUCCGCGAGAAAAGAAUGAGGGCGAAUGGAUGGCACCAGGGCUUCGGUCUCGGGGGAGACUGGUUCAUAGGCGGUGCGAAGCUCUGA